AUGGCAGGACCUCUCAACUCUCCCUCAACCCUUGCAACUCGUUUAAAAUUGGACAAUCCAAAUAACUGCUGGGAAUCGUUGUUUGAGCUCCAAUCAUGCAGUGGAGAAGCCAUAUUGUUCUUCCUCAAUGGCGAGACCUAUCUUGGAUCCAACUGUUGCCGUGCCAUAAGGAUUAUACAACGUGAGUGUUGGCCAGCUAUGAUGGGAUCCCUUGGCUUCACUGAGCAAGAGGGAGAUAUUCUAUUUGGUUAUUGUGAUGCUUCUGAAGAAGAUGAUAGUACCUCUGCUCAAACAUUGCCACUACCGUCAUCAACACCAAUUGAAGGCUAA